GGGUUUGUCUCAUUGAAGCUUCACAGCCUCCAGGAAAUGAGGCGCAGUGCUUCAUUGGUGAUGAAGGUGUUCAUACAGAGGGACUACAGCGAAGGGACCUUCUGCCGUUUCCAGACCAAGUUUCCACCUGAACUGGACAACCGGAUCGAGCGGAACUUGUUGGAGGAAACGGUGAAGACCCUAAACUCCUUCUAUGCUGAAGCUGAAAAAAUUGGUGGCCAGUCAUACCUGGAGGGAUGUCUGGCCUGUGCGACAGCCUACAUCAUCUUUCUCUGCAUGGAGACACGCUACGAAAAGGUUUUGAGGAAGGUAACGAGCUACAUCCAGGAUCAGAAUGAGAAAAUCUACGCUCCGCGAGGGCUGCUGAUCACCGACCCCGUCGAAAGGGGAAUGCGAGUUCUGGAGAUAAGCUUGUUCGAGGACCGAGGCUCAGGCAGCUCAAGCCCUUGCAGCAGCACCAUGUCGACGGGGGGCGGAACCCGAUGA